AUGACAAGAUCUAGAUCAAGAUCACCACGAUGGAAACCAAGGUCCUUAUCUCCAGCAUUUAGGAGUCCAGAGCACCAUCGGCAAAGGCAUGCUCAUAUUAAUUAUGACUGCGAAUAUAAAAGCUUUCGUAAGGACCCAAAGAAACCUAUGCCAUGGAGAACAGAAGAUGAGAAAUACGGACAAAGCAAUUCCAGGUUUGCACCUCAUGGAAAUAACCACCAGAGGAUAUACGAGCGCAGAUCACCUUCACCAAACCUGAAAAGAAUUCCCAUGGAAGAUGCUUACAGACAUAAGCCCUACAGAACACAUUCUUCUGAAAGAACUGAAAGCAAUAGGAGAUGCCAGUUACCCCCAAAAUACUCGGAAAUACCAUACAAAGAGCAUGAUCGUCCCUUUUACCAACACAAAAUGGAAGAAAGAUACAUGUUUGAGCACUACAAAUUCACUGGAAAUGAAAAAGGAAUGAAACCUUUUCAUAGACCGUUAGGGGCUUCAUGUAAAUUUGAAAGAAAAUGGCAUGACGAUGACUUGAGGCACCAGAGGUUACACGAAGAGAAGUAUGGUCAGUCACCCAGAAGAGUUUCUGAUGAAUUUACGGCAAGGAGCUCUUUACAGAAGAGGUAUCCUGAAGAUCACGAUUACAGAGAAUAUGGGCACACGUCUAAAAGGGCUAAAGAAAUGGAGAGGUAUGACGGUGGAGAAGUAGCAAGAAAUGCCAAGUGGAAGCAAGAGCGUUCUUUUCCACCCUACCAAGAAAAGGAGGAUCAAAGAAGUCUGGGUGCCCAGUCCCACCGAUCAGCUGAAAGGGAGUACUCGGAGGGUUCUGUCGCAAAGAUAACCUAUGAGUACAGUCACAAGCGGCGCAGGCAUCCGGACGGGGAGAAGCCUUUCUCAGACGAUAGAGCUCAGAAGCAUGUGAAGCAGGAAGACCAGAAAUACAGUUCUUCUAAGGGUGCCCGGGACAGCAAAGAGUUAGAUUACUUUAGCGGUGGAAGAGCGAGACGGACUGCAGACGGGCACGUCGAAGUACCUGUUAAAUACAGUUCAAAGAAGGGCUGCAAUGCUUGCCUUAACUCUUCCAAAGCGGGUGUUGAUCUGGGGUCUUUUAAAAGCAAACCGAAGGAAAGAGUAAGGAAAGAAGGGGAAUUCAGGAAAAAAGGAGAUUCCUCUGAUAGCCAGCACGAUUUCAAUCACGCUGUUUCAGAUGUGAAAAUGUCAGAUGUCAACUGUAGGAGGGAACACCUCACAAUCAAAGUGGAUAUGAAGAAAAUGGUGACCAAGUGCAGGGCUGCUUCUAGUCAUACUACAGAGAGGCAGAUGUCCCAUGAUCUGGUUGCUGUUGGCAGGAAAAAUGAAAAUUUUCAUCCUGUGUUUGAGCACGUGGAAUCUGUGACACAAAAUGUUGAAAACGACCCAUCAAGAGAAUUUACUCAGGAAAUAAUCACAAUUAUCCAUCAAGUCAAAGCAAAUUAUUUUACGUCUUCUAACAUAACUCUACAUGAACGAUUCUCAAAAAUUCAGGAUAAACCAGUUGUGAAUAUGAAUGAAGUUAAGAUAUGUUUGGAUCCAGAAAUUCACAGGAGGAUUGACAUGUCUCUAGCAGACCUUCAGAACAAACGAACUGUGCCAUCUGAAUCUCCCCAGAACAUGAUGAGAGUGUUAGAAGAUCCAAAUGAUCUGCGGCAUGAUAUCGAAAGGAGGAGAAAAGAGAGGCUAAAGAACGAAGAUGAGAGAGUGUUUCAUGUGGAUGGUGUUACUCCAAGGAACCAGCAAAGCUGCAAUCUUCCAAAAUUGCAAAGCUGUCAACUUGAUGGCUUCCAAAAGCCUAUGAGGUUCAUUAAGCCACCUUUCAGGAAAUUUAUUGGGAAACCUCACCUGAAUUCUUAUUAUUCUUCAAAACCAAGUGAUGCUUAUCCUCACAGACGCAUUAGAGGACACCUGGAAAAUGCAGGACCCAUCAGAAGACAUUUUAAGAGCAACUUUGCAGAUGGCCGUUUGCAAUCCCAUUAUAAAUCAGGCUUAGUCCAGAAGGGUUUAUAUAUUCAGGCUAAGUACCAGCGGUUACGUUCUGUUGGUGUAAGGGGAUUUACCACUAAUAAAUUCAGAGAUGGAUUUUUGAGGAAAGAAAAGGGAAAUUUAAAUAUUGCCACAGAAAUCUGAACGGAGCUGUGAUCCUGAAGCUGAAACAGAUAACACAGCAAAGGGAACAUCUGUUCAUUUUUGGACAACUUUGUCAAGACUUAAACUAACCCUGUAACUUUCUUGAUUAAAAAUAACUUUAUUUUUCAGUAGUGGAAUGCUGCAGAACUUUUUUACAGUUUUAAUAAUUGCUUUAAAGUACAGUAUUCAAUGGAAACAUUGUCCUAUGUACCUUCAGUUCCUUUUGCGUACCAGUCUCAAGUAAAGAAGUCAUUGAAGGGAGACUUAUUUAUUGAAUACUUUUUCUCUAAGCAUGAUGUUACAGAUGGAACUUGAGUUGCUAUACCCAGAGGUUUAUAUGUUGAAAGUUUAUUCCUUAUGUAAUAAAAAAAAAAGUAAAAAAAAAAAAAGUGC